ACUUCAUGCAUCCUUACGUCCAUGUCAGUGGAGAUGAUGGAUUUGGGUUUGCCUGUCAGAGCUUUUCUACAGCCUUUUUUCUGAAGGGGAUUACAUUGUGUUGUGAUGUUUUUUUUCUCCAGAGAUGGCAGGUUUGGGCUACAGUUUGAAUGACUGAUAGACAGCUGCAUGGAUAGUAAACUUCUUUCACCUCACAGGGUCCCGAGCACGUUUUGAGGACAGCCCACCUUGGAUCGUGGAGGACCCCUCUGACCUGAUCGUGUCCAAGGGGGAGCCCGCCACCCUCAACUGCAAGGCAGAGGGGAGGCCUAACCCCACUGUGGAGUGGUACAAGGACGGUGAGCGGGUGGAAACGGACCGGGAUGACCCUCGUUCUCACCGCAUGCUCCUUCCCAGCGGCUCCCUCUUCUUCCUGCGUAUCGUCCACGGACGACGCUCCAAACCAGACGAGGGCGUCUACACCUGUGUGGCACGUAACUACCUAGGAGAGGCUGUCAGUCGCAACGCUUCACUGGAAGUAGCCAGUAAGUCUUUGUCAUUUUACUUGCUGUAUAUGUCACCCAUUGACAUUUUACAUUUUAGUCAUUUAGCAGACGCUCUUAUCCAGAGCGACUUACAGUUAGUGAGUGCAUACAUUUUUCACCCAUUACCUGUGUGUGUUCUCUCUCUCUCUCUCUCACUCACUCACUCACACUCUCUCUCUCUCUCUCUCUCUCUCUCUCUCACUCUCACACACAACAGGUGAAGAGGACAGGCUUUCAGCUGCUAUUAUGACCAUUAAAGAGAAUUGUCUAUUAUCGUGCUUGCCACAGUCAUAAACCCCGCCUAUUUCUACAAUUCCUCUUCUUAAAUCAGUUUUUAACAUUAACCACACUGCUAACCUUAAAUCAGUUUUUAUUUAUUUGAUAUAGCCAAUUAUGACUUUGGUGACAAUGGUCUCGCGUUCCAUUUCCUCUCUUUCCCUUCUAAUUGUGGCAGUGUGGCGUGACACUGGGCUGAACGCAGGCCCUAUCUGGCGUUAGGAAAUUGAUUAGCGGAGUGUGUUGAUUAGGAAAACGACCGUAACAGAUUAGGGAAUGUCUCCUCGUUAAUCUUGUCUUCCACCAGAGCACAGAGCCAGCCAGGCCUCCUCACCCUCAGCCUCUCUAACUGCUCAUGGCUCACUGACCUCCAUCACCGCUCAUGUUCAAAAAUAGGGCCAGCUUUAGUUCAGCUUCCAUACUAAGCGAUAUAUCCACACUCAUAACUGCCUUAAUGUUGCUGGACCCCAGGAAGAGUAGCUGCUGCCUUGGCAACAGCUAAUGGGGAUCCUUAAUAAAUACAAUUACAAAUAAACGGCAGAAUAUCAAAUAUUAGCGAAACAACACUUAAAAUAUUAGAGCAGAACCGGUUCCAGAGAAAAACAUUUAAGCACCACAGUUAUAUUGUUGUUUUUGAUGAUGAAUUCUCCUCAGCCAGUGGCGAUGUAGCUGGAGAUGACACAGUCAUACCAGUAAGGCUAUGCAUCACCUAGAGGCAGGCACUCUAACGGUGACUAACCGCAGCAAUGACUGUAUUGUCCUAGGUCUGGUGCCUUUGGGUAGCUGGGGCAUAAGUUAAGACCGUAGGGUGGUGGUGUUCUUAGCUUCACCCCCCAGGUUGGGGUGGGGUGAGGAUGGUGUUAGAUGUGUGGAUACUAGGGACAACAGGUGGAGGGAGGAAGAGCUUUAGAAGAGCCCCCCCUCCCCUCUUUAUGAGCAGUAAUUAGUACUGCUGCAUCUGUUAGACUAGACUAUAUGUGGUUUAAAUCACUGAGGAGCUAAUAGGAUGGCUGGCUUUAAAGGCUGUUGUUGUCCACCUAAAUCUCAUGAAUACCACCAGCCAGACUAAUUACGCAACACGCCUGCUGAAAAGAUUAUACCUAUCAUACUGUCAUAUAGAACGUAAAGGAGUCGGUCUAUGUGUUCUGUGAGCUGUUGAUAGGUCUAUCCAGGCUUUCUCCUCUAGUGUGGUGGUGUUACAUUUUCAACACUUCACACUGCUGCAGUCACACUGAAUUUGGUUUGUUUCGUUUAAUAUAUUUUAUAAAAUGUAAUAUUCACACAUUCACUUCUCUUGAAAUGAAACAAACUAUGCUAGAUUUAAAACAAACCUUAUAGUCUGUACACAUGUGAAGUUAUCUUUUGUUUGUUUUUAGUCCCAUCCUUCAGCUACCCUCAAACCCUCCCAUCGAUCCCUAAAGACCAUCCAGUUAUGUUUCACAAAAGUUCUAAACCUUUCUAUUCUCAUAGUUUCUACAGAUUGUAAAUUAAAGCUACAUUUUUUUUGCUGAGAGUAAUAUUAUAUUAUUGAUCGAUUGACUAUGACUUUUCAAAUCACCCAGCAGUGCAAUUUGCAGAAUUAGCUCCAGGUAAAUGUUGCAAUUCUUCAGCCAUUUCUGAACCUGCGUCCAAAAUCAAGCUACAUAUGGACAGUCCCAAAACAAAUGAUCUAAUGAUUCUGUCUCUUGGCAGCAAAAUCUGCAGAGCUGGGAUGGUUGUAUCCCCCAUAUAUAUAACAUUCUAUUGGUUGCAAGAAUUUUGUAUAAUAAUUUAAAUUGAAAAACUCUUACGUUUUGAAACCGGCGUCGUUUUGUGCAUCGGUUCAUAAACCAUGUGCCAUAGAAUCGGUACAAAUCAAAUCUCUUCCCAACUAUUUUGCAAUCUAUAUGGCACAGCUGUACAUUUUUGGGUCCUUAAAUGAAACUGGUAUACUUUUUCCCCCCCCCACAAUUUUAUUUUAACCAAUUUUGGUCUGUAAUGCAGUUCCUUACUUUCUACCCUUUCCACUUGCCCCUUCCAUUUUUUUGUAAUUUUUGGUAGAGCAGACAUGUCCAUAUAUUUUUGUUAGCUGCAUGUGUGACAACUCCACCAAUCCUAUUUAUGAUAUCAUUUACAAAGAUUUAUACCAUUCUUAAUUAUUUAUUUUUUUAAUCAAUUAGUAUAUUUGAGUUUAACCAUUUAAUAUUUGUUGAGAUAUUUGUUCUGUCUUUUCUGGUGGAUUAAACAGAAAUUGCAACCAACUUUCUAUGGCUUGUUCUAAAAAUAGUUAUAUUUUGGAGAUUUCAUUUUCAAAUAACCGAAAGGGCGGGUUGUAAUCUGAACAAAGGGUAAAAGGCCAUUCUUGAAUAUGGGGUGAGACAUUCUUACUAAUCUGCUAGAGAACCAGUUUGGAUGUAAGUAUAACUUUUGUAUAACUGAAGCCUUUAGUGAUAGGUCUAAUGCUUUAAUAUUUAAUUAUUUCUGCCCUCCGAAUUCAAAUUCUUUAUAGAAAUAGGCUCAUUUAAUUUAGUCUGGUUUGCCGUUCCAAAUAAAAUGUAAUAUUUUUUGCUCAUAUAAUUUAAAAAACAAGUUGCUAGGUGUAGGCCAUAAGCAAAUGGGUAAACUGGGAUAUGACUAAAGAGUUAAAUCAGGGUAUUUUUCCACAAAUAGACAGGUAUUUUCCUUUCCAUGGUAGCAAGAUCUUAUCUCUGAUCUGGAUUAAAAUAAAGAUAAAGCAAGUUUUUUUUUGUUUUUUUUUAAAGGCUUUACGGCCAGAUGUCCCUCUUUCUCUUGAUGGGGGUUUUAUGACGGAAUGACAUUUUUGGCUGCAGCUUGUUUCUUGGCCUCUUCUAGACUACAACUCUGCCACCGGUCUCUUCUUUAAACCCUGAAGAAGAAAUACAGACAAGAUGCUUUCUGUAUGGACAGAUAUCAUGGAUACUACUUUACGUUACUCAUUGUUCUUGUCAUAAUCAUUUACAUAAAGUAUUCAAGAUUUUGAAUAAUUGAGUUGGCUGUAACAAGUGCCUAAGGAUUAAUUUGUAGGCAUGAGUUUACCACUCGUCCAAGCAUUCAAACACAAUAGGCUCAGGAGACCUGGCACUGCCUGAGUCCCUCUUUAACCUCAGUAAACACAGACAAUGGCUGGAUUAAAUCAAUCCCUCCUCUCCUCUCGACAGGCUGGCUCUAUUAGCCAUGACACAGCAGUUCCAGAGAUAGGAUUAGACCACCUCUAAUGGGUUUACUCCUACUGUACUGAGGCAAAAGAACAAUGACUGGCUGACCAUCAGGUCACUUUAUUCUAGGACCUGCUCUCAGCUAGAACACUGCCAGGGGAAGUAGGGGUGCUGAGGGUGCCCUGAAAAAUCAGAAUACAAUUGUUUGUUUUUAUUUAAAAAAUGAAAAUUUAUAUUUUUUCACAAAACUACAGGUCUUUUUAAUAGUCCUGUAGUGCACUGGGCCUUUAAUAGUCCUGUAUUAGCUGACUGAUAUAGCCGUCUGCUGCGUGGUCAAAAAGCGACUUACAAUUAGUGUGUUUAUAUUAAGAUAACUAGUUGAGACAACUACAUAUCACAAUUAUAGCAAAUACCUUUUCUCUCAAUAAAGAUGUUAUCAGCAAAGUCAAUGCUAGUAGGAAAGGGGGGAGGGUGCCAGGACAGAGAAGAGCUCUGACUGGGCUGAGCGGGAGCUGCCUUGUGCUGCUGUGCACAGCUCCCCACUCUGACCGCUGGUUAGCAUUAUUUUGCCAUUAAUGUUGUUCUGGAGGAAGCUCUGCAGAGUGGUCACUAGCUGGCAUAGCCACAAAGUCAUAAAAUCAUAUUUUAAACGUAACCUUAAUCACACUGCUAACCCUAAUGCCUAACUCUAACCUAAAAUUAAGACCAAAAAUCACAUUUUUGUUUUCAUGAAUUUUUACAAUAUAGACCAUUUUGACUUUGCAGCUGGCCCAUCUAGCAGAUAUCUCUGUCGGGCCCAAGGGCCACACAAUGCAAUGCAGCCCUUUGUUUUUUUGAUGAAGCCCAUUAUUGCCAUGACUACUCUCUCUCUCCCAUCUCCCCCCUUCAAAACAUUAACAGAUGGCCACUUCGACUCCACUAAAGCUGCACUCUUGCUAAAUGCUAAAUAUUGAGAUUAAUGUCACUUAAAAAUACAGUUGUGAAUAUUCUGGGGAUAUUCUUAAUCUCUUAAUCUGUAUAAUCCCUGAAACAUGAAAGUUAUGAAAAUAAAUGGCACUGUCCCAGAAUAGGAAUGUAACAGUAAAGUAUGAAAUUGUAUGCACUCACUACUGUAAGUCGCUCUGGAUAAGAGCGUAUGCUAAAUGAUUAAAAUGUAAAUGUAACAGUUAUUAUAGUAGUAACCAUUUAGCAUGAUGGUUAGGCAUUUAGCCACAGUGUUUAAGCUGAGCUAAAGGAAUAGCAGGAGGUGAAUAUGGCCUUUAUUUAUCCUCAGGCACUUAGGUGCCCUGUUCUCCACUCCUUUCAUCGUAAGGUUGGGAUAGUUCAGAUUCAGGAUGUCCUGGUACUUACUCACCAUCAGUGGGAAUCAGUGUGAAUCAGGUCUGGUAAAAAUACUGUGUUUUGGACAUUACCUCAGGAAGUCCCCUGGCCGUCUGUCUGUCUGAAAAUAUCAGGAGAUUCCUGUGGUGCCAUCAUCAUUUCAUAAAAAUAUAAUAGUGUGUGAAUUCUGUGAAAUGACUUUUAGCAUGGCAGCCUUUAAAGCCUGGGUGCAGGAGGGAUCAUAUUAACUUCAACAGCUUCAAAGAGUUGCUCUUGCCUGCUCGCACUGCACAGUGUUUGGGGGAAAUUCUGAGGCUAUUUUCCACUCUCUGACACGUGUUUCAAGACACUCAAAUGGCCCAGAUUCUGGGACAUCCAUGGUUGAAUGUGUGGGUGAGAGUGGAGAGGUGUCUAGGUGUUUGUGUGUGUGUGGUUAUGGGAUUAGCUCAUUGGCUCUAUACCCAUGACUUCUCUUCAGUUCCCUCGAUAUGGCUGGGUAGCAAUGGUCUCUGUGCUCCCGGUCUCGUCUCUGCACUAGCCCUUUACAGACGGAGCUCUAAAAAUAAUACACCACUUUCAAUUAGCCCUCAGCUAUCUAAAGCUUUUCAAACAAGCAGCCAGCUGAGUGGGGACUACUGAACAGACUGUUGGGAAGGGUGUGUGCUUUGACAGGUUAUAGCUCAUCCAUCUCUCGUCUAAAGGGGGGUUCUUUAAUUGUGUUGGGGUCUCCUUUUGUUGGGUUUUGGGGGCGGGUGGGAUGGGAGGUCAGGGGGUUCCGUUAUACCCCUGAAGGGACAGAUGGCCUGGCAGUGUGUGCCUCUAAAUGUUCCCUUAAACUGCCCCCCUGCCUAUGUAUUUAACUCUCCCCAGACUGUAGGAGCUCAACUCCUACUAGUUGGAUGAGCUGAUGUGGUGGGUGUAUUACAAUCUGAGACAGAAAAAACUCCAGUUGGAUAUGAUGAAGAAUUCUGACAAGCUUUUUAAUGUUCUGUACAAGCCUUUUACUUUUGAAAGAAAUGGGUAACAGAAGUCGACUUUUCUAAAAGUUUAAAUGUCACGUCAAUGACAAAAGCCUAGUCUCAGCUGGGGGAAUUAAAUGUGCUUCAUUAUAAUAUAGAAAAAAUGCCUCCAAAUGAUCAAAAGUAGAGAUUACUGCUGCAUUUGAACAGGCAGUGACUUCAGGCAGGCGGAGAGUGUGUGACAGAUUGUCUCAUAUUGGGGGGCUGGCGAGAGGGAGGGGGGAGAUUGAGCAGACAGAUUGACAGAUGACCACUUCAAUCCUGACAGCGGAUCUGAAACGCAGCCGGCUCAGCGAAGGCUCAGCCACCAUUUGUCAGUUUCUCAGAGAUUGGAAUAUUCAUAGCAACACGUUUCCCAAGAUAAUUGCAGCCCUUACAACUCAAGACAGAGGGAGACGGUCUAUACGCUGUAGAUGACUGUGAUAAACUAAAUGAGAUGGUAGUCAGUCAGUCACUGUGGUUGUGAAUAUAAAUGCCAUGUUAAAGACACAGAUAGCUGCUAUGUUGAUGAGGAGGUAUCUGUCAAACGCAUGUCAGGGGAUAAGUGAUGGGGUUAGUGUGGCUUAGCUGGAGAGACGCACAGUUGAUAGACAGGUGAUGAGUUCACUAAUGUGUUUAGUAUAGAUUAACUGAUGUUUGAGAUUGGACUAAUUCACAACAUAUUUGCAGUGCUAAUUGAUUUGAUUGGGAGUUGAUGCAUUACCGUGUUAACAGAUGGAUAGUUUGACAGGCAGGCAGAUAGUCUUGGUCUGAUUGUUUAUUUUGUAAAAUGCCAACCUGAAACAUUUAUAAAGGUAUAAGAAGAGAUAUUGAUUAUUCUGAAGUAGUGUGUGUUGGUCACAUAAAAGGCCAGAGGUAAGGGUUCAUAGGGAGGGUCAACUGCAGACCCUCAGUGUGAGUGUGUGUGCAUUUUCAAGGCUGGAAUAGUAGUGCUGCACAGGUUUCCUGAGGCCUCGGCCAGGUUCGAGUCCAGGCUCUGUCGCAGCCGGCCGCGACCGGGAGACCCAUGGGCGGCGCACAAUUGGUCCAGCGUCGUCCAAGGUAGGGGAGGGUUUGGCCGGCAGGGAUGUGGGUUCGUUUCCCACGGGGGGCCAGUAUUGGAAAAAAAAACGUAUGCAUUCACUAACUGUAAGUCGCUCUGGAUAAGAGCAUCUGCUAAAUGACCUAAAUGUAAAUGUGUCAGAGUUCAUACAGCAGCUUUCCUCUGUCAAUCACUUCUGGGAUUUAAUGACAAUAAAGGUUGCUGCCAAGUCAAGCAUCUCAUCCUGUCUUCAUUUGCAGAGAAAAGGCUGUAACCUCACUGUGUGACAGUGACAAAGACCAUGUCCCUUUUUUAGUUUUGUCGUUUGUUGUGUCAAACUGUCAGAUUUAUAGGGCGGAAAUGUGAGUUAGCGUAGUGUCCAGUGUGAGACAGAAGCAUUGCAUUAAUGUGUGAUGCCAUUUUUCCCUCUGACAGGUUACAUUUUUUAUGUGUUUGUAUUUGUUUACUCUGUGUUGGACUGAGCCAGAUUAAUUAUUCAUCCACUCUGACAGUAGAGACUGCAGAUUAGGAUGCGGCACAGGAAACAUGAAAACACUGCACAACAAGGAAGUUGCCAGGGAUUUGAACAGUCAUGUACAAGCACAAAACACAAUGUACUGCUCUCACCCAAUCAGCUCGUUUUCCUCUCGUCUAACCUUCAAACAGAAACUCUACAUAUAAAAUAUGCUCUAAUUGAUUUCAAGGACAAUAUUUGACAUUGCACUUGUGAUGACAUUGACAGAAUACCGCAUUGGAGAUUGAUGUGUACGCCGAUUCUGAUGUGUAUAUAUCUCAUAUACAGUAGUUUGCAUUUGAAAGAAAACAUAUUCUCAAUAACAUACAGUGAGGGGAAAAAGUAUUUGAUCCCCUGCUGAUUUUGUACGUUUUCCCACUGACAAAGACAUGAUCAGUCUAAAAUUUUAAUGGUAGGUUUAUUUGAACAGUGAAAGACAGAAUAACAACAACAAAAUCCAGAAAAACGCAUGUGAAAAAUUUUAUACAUUGAUUUGUAUUUUAAUGAGGGAAAUAAGUAUUUGACCCCUCUGCAAAACAUGACAUAGUACUUGGUGGCAAAACCCUUGUUGGCAAUCACAGAGAUCAGACGUUUCUUGUAGUUGGCCACCAGGUUUGCACACAUCUCAGGAGGGAUUUUGUUCCACUCCUCUUUGCAGAUCUUCUCCAAGCAUUAAGGUUUCGAGGCUGACAUUUGGCAACUCGAACCUUCAGCUCCCUCCACAGAUUUUCUAUGGGAUUAAGGUCUGGAGACUGGCUAGGCCACUCCAGGACCUUAAUGUGCUUCUUCUUGAGCCACUCCUUUGUUGCCUUGGCCGUGUGUUUUGGGUCAUUGUCAUGCUGGAAUACCCAUCCACAACCCAUUUUCAAUGCCCUGGGAAGGAGGUUCUCACCCAAGAUUUGACGGUACAUGGCCCCGUCCAUCGUCCCUUUGAUGCGGUGAAGUUGUCCUGUCCCCUUAGCAGAAAAACAUCCCCAAAGCAUAAUGUUUCCACCUCCAUGUUUGACGGUGGGGAUGAUGUUCUUGGGGUCAUAGGCAGCAUUCCUCCUUCUCCAAACACGCGAGUUGAGUUGAUGCCAAAGAGCUCGAUUUUGGUCUCAUCUGACCACAACACUUUCACCCAGUUCUCCUCUGAAUCAUUCAGAUGUUCAUUGGCAAACUUCAGACGGCCCUGUAUAUGUGCUUUCUUGAGCAGGGGGACCUUGCGGGCGCUGCAGGAUUUCAGUCCUUCAUGGCGUAGUGUGUUACCAAUUGUUUUCUUGGUGACUAUGGUCCCAGCUGCCUUGAGAUCAUUGACAAGAUCCUCCUGUGUAGUUCUGGGCUGAUUCCUCACCGUUCUCAUGAUCAUUGCAACUCCACGAGGUGAGAUCUUGCAUGGAGCCCCAGGCUGAGGGAGAUUGACAGUUAUUUUGUGUUUCUUCCAUUUGCAAAUAAUCGCACCAACUGUUGUCACCUUCUCACCAAGCUGCUUGGCGAUGGUCUUGUAACCCAAUCCAGCCUUGUGUAGGUCUACAAUCUUGUCCCUGACAUCCUUGGAGAGCUAUUUGGUCUUGGCCAUGGUGGAGAGUUUGGAAUCUGAUUGAUUGAUUGCUUCUGUGGACAGGUGUCUUUUAUACAGGUAACAAGCUGAGAUUAGGAGCACUCCCUUUAAGAGUGUGCUCCUAAUCUCAGCUCGUUACCUGUAUAAAAGACACCUGGGAGCCAGAAAUCUUUCUGAUUGAGAGGGUGUCAAAUACUUAUUUCCCUCAUUAAAAUGCAAAUCAAUUUAUAACAUUUUUGACAUGCGUUUUUCUGGAUUAUUUUGUUGUUAUUCUGUCUCUCACUGUUCAAAUAAACCUACCAUUAAAAUUAUAGACUGAUCAUUUCUUUGUCAGUGGGCAAACGUACAAAAUCAGCAGGGGAUCAAAUGCUUUUUUUCCCCUCACUGUACAUAUAAAGGUAAUAAAUGAAUAGAUAAUAACAAUAUGCUAUAUACUGUAGUUUGAGUCUGUCUAUUUUUCCUAAUGUGUUUACCUAGCUGGUAAAAUAAAGGUAAUAUGAAUAGAUAGACUAAACCAUGUCAAUGCUCUCCUCUCCCCAGUCCUGAGGGAUGACUUCCGCCAGGCCCCCAGUGAUGUGGUGGUGGCAAAUGGUGAGCCAGCGGUCCUGGAGUGUGUUCCCCCCCGGGGUCACCCUGAGCCCACCGUCUCCUGGAAGAGGAACAACGCCCGCGUCAGCAACAAGGAUGACCGCAUCUCUGUGAGUCUCACCUAUAUGACCCCUGAACUAUAACCCCUAGUUACAGCAUCAAGCUCAUUAGAGGUAGAAGUAAAACCCUCAAGUUCCAACCCAAAGCUCAGUGCAGUUCAAUCCCAAGUCAACCCAAACUGUUUCAAAGGCCAUUAAUAUAAUUAAUGAUGCAUGCUGAUGAUGGUGGAAUCAUUAAUGAUACUUGUUGAUGAUGGUGGAAUCAUUCAUGAUACUGUACAUUCAUUUGUAGUGCUGAUGUCAUAUGGUGGAAGUACUGUCUCUCCUCUGAGAAGCCCAAAAGGCUAAUACAUGGAGUGAUAUGAUGACCUGUCAUCACUGUCUUGUUUUUCAGAUGCGUGGGGGCAAGCUGAUGAUCUCCCACACCAGGAAGAGUGAUGCUGGCAUGUAUGUGUGUGUGGGCACCAACAUGGUGGGAGAGAGGGACAGUGAUCCUGCUGAGUUGGUGGUGUAUGGUGAGUCUCUCACACCAAUGUGUGUGUGUGUGUGUGUGUGUGUGUGUGUGUGCACGUGUAUUUGUGUGUGUAACUCUGGGUCUCUCUUUGCAGAGCGUCCUGUGCUGAUGCGGAGGCCGGUGAACCAGGUGGUGAUGGAAGAAGAGACCGUUGACUUUCUGUGUGAGGUACACGGAGACCCCGCCCCCACGGUACGCUGGCGCCGAGAGCAGGCAGAGCUCCCCCGUGGGAGGUGAGGACACAUUGACGGACAGGUCCACUCACUAAUAGAAAAUUAAACUGAUUGAAUUACACUUGAAGAGAUAGACAAAACACUCAGGCGAUACAUUGAUUGAUGGAGUGCUGGAGGUACAGACUGACAGAAUGAGGGAAGCCCAUUCACCAGGGGUGCACAGCCAUGUGCACAGAUAGGGCUCUACCUGUGUAGAGCUCAUGCCCCCUUGCCCUUCCAGUCUCCAAAGUGCCCUUUUGGGUGGUGGUAUAUUUUCCCCCAAAAUUAAUUUGUUGUAUAAUAUUGUUGUUCGUAACCCACUGCCCACAAGUAGUCGUGAUGUCCUCAAGUUCGCUAAUCCCAUAACCCACUCCGUCCGUUGGUAGCGCCUGUUGAUCUGCCCUGUACAGAGCUCGCGCAUGCCCGGUAUCCAAACAUGCAUGGCUUGAGAGAUGUGGUCACUGCUUGAGUGUGUAGCUAGCUACCUAGUUGAAAUAUCAACAGUACUGCCACAGUAGCAUAACACUUUCAUACUUGAUAACACUUGAUUUAGCCUACAUCAUCAAUAAUAUUGGGUCUGGUUGGCUGAUGCAUGCAGCAGAGCGAGACAGAAAGACAUAGAGAGGAGAGGCUGCAUCAAUGACCCUCCGACCCAACUUCACCCAUUCUUCAGUCGGUAGUUGCACGUGUCAGAGCAGCAGCAACACAGGCAGUCUAAACUCAAGCUAACCAACAUAUACUAAAAUAUCCACACAAGCCACUAGCCAGCCAGCCAUAUAUCAUGAGUUAGAAGAUUAGGAAUAUUAUAUUAUGCAGUUAUUCUUCUUAUUUUAUACAAGCAUGGAAGAUAAAUCAUAAUCAGUAAAAUAAAUUGCACUAGCUAACUAGCAGAUUUACAUCAAUCAUCAACAUGAAUGAUCAGUUGAUAGCCCACCCUCUUUUUCGAUUUCAAUCAAGUGUUUAGGAGGCUCUGUAAGUAACUAUCUUGCUUAUAAUUUGUGAUGAGUGAGUGUGUUGUUGCAGAAAUAAAUAGGGGUAUGAUUUUUUAAAAGUGAGUGGUGGGGGGGGGGGAUUAAUUAAGGUAUGUGACACAUUGAUUGAUGGAGUGCUGGAGGUACAGACUGACUGACAGACUGACGGAAUUAGGGAAGCCCAUUCACCAGGGAUGCAUAUGGGAUUAAAGAAUGUGACCUAGAAAGCACAGCUACAGAAAUUACUCAUUAAUUCAUGCCUUCCCUUCCCUCAGCCAAUACAAAUUCAUGAAUGGGAGGCCAGUGAGGAUUCAUUAGUUAACAUGUACCUCCUGUGACUCUGCAACUUGACUAUACAGUUAGAAGAUCAUCCGGGUGCACAAAAUAUACAUAUUUCAAUAUUAUUAUGAUUAUACUGUAACUAUGGGGAGUGUGGGGGUGGUAAGAAAAUUAAAAUACUUUCAUUACUCUAAGAUGGUGAUGGAGGUGACUCACUCUGCCCAUUCUGAUUUGCUGUUUGACUCUAACACGGUUGACUUGUGCAUAUCGCUCUGCAGAUGUAUUAAGUUAUAGGGUUGACUCAUCUUUUCUUUAUUUAUUGUUUUAUUAUUUUUUGUCUACAGUUUCAGAUUACUUCAUAGUUACAUUUUGAUGGUCAAGUACAUUCAAGGUCACUUUUACAUAGUUCAAAGGCAGUGGUUCUCACAAAUCAAAUCAAAUUAUAUUUGUCACAUGCGCCGAAUACAACAGGUGUAGACCAGACCUUACAGUGAAAUGCUUACUUACAAGCCCUUAACCAACAAUGCAGUUUUAAGAAAAAUAAGUGUUAAGUAAAAAAUAAAAUUAACAAAUAAUUAAAGAGCAGCAGUAAAAUAACAGUAGCGAGGCUAUAUACAGGGGGUACUGGUACAGAAUCAAUGUGCGGGGGCACAAGUUAGUCGAGGUAAUUGAGGUAAUAUGUAUUUGUAGGUAGAGUUAAAGUGACUAUGCAUAGAUAAUAAACAGAGAGUAGCAGUAGCAUAAGAGAGGGAGGGGGGGGGGGGGGGGACAAUCAAAUAGUCCAUGUAGCCAUUUGAUUAGCUGUUCAGGAGUCUUAUGGCUUGGGGGUAGAAGCUGUUAAGAAGCCUUUUGGACCUAGACUUGGCGCUCCGGUACCGCUUGCCGUGUGGUAGCAGAGAGCACAGUCUAUGUCUAGGGUAGCUGGAGUCUUUUACAAUUUUUAUGGCCUUCCUCUGACACCGCCUGGUAUAGAGGUCCUGGAUGGCAGGAAGCUUGGCCUCAGUGAUGUAAUGGGCCGUACGCACUACCCUCUGUAGUGCCUUGCGGUUGGAGGCCGAGCAGUUGCCAUACCAGUCAGUGAUGCAACCAGUCAGGAUGCUCUCGAUGGUGCAGCUGUAGAACGUUUUGAGGAUCUGAGGACCCAUGCCAAAUCUUUUCAGUUUCCUGAGGGAGAAUAGGCUUUGUCGUGCCCUCUUCACGACUGUCUUGGUGUGUUUGGAACAUGAUAGUUUGUUGGUGAUGUGGACACCAAGGAACUUGAAGCUCCCAACCUGCUCCACUACAGCCCCGUCGAUGAGAAUGUAGGCGUACUCAGUCCUCCUAUAACCUGUAGUCCACAAUCAUCUCCUUUGUCUUGAUCACGUUGAGGGAGAGGUUGUUAUCCUGGUUCACUUUAUGAAAAUACUUUUACUCCCUGUGUUUCGCUCUCCCAGGUUUGAGAUCCGCAGUGACAACAGCCUGCGUCUGACCAGGGUGAGAGAGGAGGACGAGGGAACUUACACCUGUAUGUCUGAGAACAGCGUGGGCAAGACAGAGGCUUCAGCCAUGCUACAGGUCCAUGGUAAGAAACAAAGAUUCACUCACUCUCUCUCACACACACACACACACACACACAGAUAUACGUUGUCAUACUCAAAGGCACAUUCAUGCAGUACAGUACAGUACAGUCACACACUUAUGUCCACUUCAUUUGACAGUGGUCAUGUAGAGUUGUCAGAACUCUGCCCAUCUGGGCCUCCCAAGUGGCGCAGUGGUCUAAGGCACUGCAUCGCAGUGCUUGCUGUGCCACUAGAGAUCCUGGUAGCGAUGGGACAAGACUGUAACUACCAAUUGGAUACCAUGAAAUUGGGGAGAAAAAGGGGGUAAAAUAUAACCCCCAAAAAGUGUUAUUUUAUUUUUUUUAACUCUGCCCAUCCAUCCGUGUGUGUUGGAAUAUGUGUUGGAAUAUCAAUGUAUUUGUGCUGUGCUCUCUUCUCUUCAACUCCACUGACAGAAGCUUAUGUUAAACCGUAUGGAUUACUCCCUCUGACAGCUGUUUGGGAGAUGGUGUGCUUUAAUACACUGCCAGAGAGCAGGACCACUAUUAAUAAGACGUGUGUCUGUGUGUCUGUGUGUCUGUGUGUCUGUGUGGCUGUGUGGCUGUGUGGCUGUGUUGGCUGUGUUGGCUGAGUGGGCAGCGGGGUUAACUUCAUCCUUCAUUUGCUUUUGUCAGUCCUGAUGAAAUCCAAGUCCUGAUGAAAUCCAAAACCCUCCCCCUCCAAACAACGCAUUCCCUUCAUUCUGUUCCAUGUGCCAUUGACUAUGUAGGAGAUGUAGAUCAGCUUUAAUAUUGCAGAUAGAUUGUAACUUCCAUCAAUGUAAUUGUCUGCAUCACUUCCAAUCCCCCAUAUAUAUUUUUUCUCUCGCAUAUAUAUAUAUAUAUAUAUAUAUAUAUAUAUAUAUAUAUAUAUAUAUAUAUAUAUAUAUAUCCUUUUAAAAAAUAUAUUUCCCUUUAUUAAUUUCCAACCCCACCACCCGCCCCUAAUUAGAGUAAACUAGUGAACAACAACGCUUAGGCCUCUACUUCCAGCUUAUACAUACUAUAUACAUUUUAUGGACACAGUCAAUUUUACAAUAAUUAUAUUUUGUUUGUUUUUACUCCUGAACUUCCUCUACCCUCAACCUCUCCUGUCCACCCGGUUUGCCUAUAUAUGCCAUAUCUUUCCAACUGUGCUCUUUCACAAACGCUCUCAACCUAUAACCUAUAUACUUAUUAUGGACACGGUAUGCUUUACAUUAGUUAUCUUGUUGUUGUUAGUUGUUAUUAAUCCCAUCCUUCAGCUCCAUUCAACACCCCCCAUCUAUCUCCUAACACCAUCCAUAUUAGAUUACUAUUUGCCAUAUAUAUUUCAACUGUGAUGUUUCACAAAAGUUCUGAACCCUUCUAUUCUCAUUGUUUCUACAGAUUGAAAAUAAACAUUUUUGCUAAAAUUAUUAUAAUAUUAUUGAUUGAUUGACUAUGACUUUUCAGAUCACCCAGUAGUGCUAUCUGCAGGGUUAGCUCCAGGUGAAUAUUGCAAUCCUUCAGCCAUUCCUGGACCUGUGACCAAAAACAAGCUACAAAUGGACAGUACCAAAACAAAUGAUCUAAUGAUUCUGUCUCUUCGCAGCAAAAGCUGAAGAGCUGGGAAGAUUGUAUCCCCCAUAUAAAUAACAUUCUAUUGGUAGCAAGAAUUUUGUAUAAUAAUUUAAAUUGAAAAAUUCUAAGUUUUGAAUCCGGUGUCGUUUUGCGUAUCAGUUCAUAAACACUAUGCCAUGGAAUCGGUACAUCAAAAAUCUCUUCUCAACUAUUUUGCAGUCUAAUUUAUAUGGGACGGCUGUCAAUCCUUACUAAUUUGCUAGAGAACCAGUUCGGAUUUGUGUUUGUGUAUGCGCGUGUUUGUGUGUGAAGUCAGGGAAGAAGCCUGCUGAGGAGAGUAAACAGCAGGAGAGCUCAGAGUCUAUGGAAGGGGAGUCAAUGCUGUCGUUGUGCAGUCAAAGUCUAUAGGAAGACAGGAUGUGGUGGGAUCAGAAGCAAGCUGUGGCCACAACACACAACCUGACUACCAGUUCAUUUCCACUGAUAUCACUUCAAAGUAAACCCACAAAUACAAUCACAAUAGUUUGAUUGGAAUUAGAUGAUGGCUCGUCUCAGUAUAAAAUAUAUGCAUCAAUGUCUUCACUCGAUAAUGUGAAAAUGAGAGGGCAGAUUAAUCAGAAAGGGAAACCAUAUAUCAACUGGCUGAGGGUUAAAGGUGACCGCAGUCAAAUCACGGAGUAAAAAGGGUAGUUCUAAAUGUUUAAUCAGUACUGUUCUGGCAUUACUGAGUAGGUAUUGAUUAUGCAGGGGAGAUGGGAGAAAAUUGUGAAUUCAAACGCUAAAGCCUAACGCCUAAAACCUGAAGCUUCUAAAAGAGUGUGUCUCCUCUCCUCUCCAGUGCCCCCACAGAUCACCAUUAAACCCCGGGACCAGAUCUCAGCUCAGGGGCGCAGCAUCACCUUCCGCUGUGGCACCAGAGGAAACCCCUCACCCGCCAUCUUCUGGAAGAAAGAAGGAAGCCAGGUAAGAGUGUCACUUCCUGAUAAACAGGUUGAGAGAGGCCAAUAAAGACUACCCCCUAAUUAAUAAAUAAAUAAAUAAAUAAAGACUAAUACCUUGUAAAGAGGUUAAAAUAAUGAAAGAAAAUUCCAACUAUGUACACACUACAGCAUGUGUUGUUGUAGGUAAAUGGCAAGUUAAACUGAUCAACAAAGUAGUGAUGUUGUUAUGUCACAUUUGCAGUUGAAGUCGGAAGUUUACAUACACCUUAGCCAAAUACAUUUAAACUCGGUUUUUCACAAUUCCUGACAUUUAAUCCUUGUAGAAAUUCACUGUCUUAGGUCAGUUAGGAUCACCACUUUAUUUUAAGAAUGUGAAAUGUCAGAAUAAUAGUAGAGAGAAUUAUUUAUUUCAGCUUUUAUUUCUUUCAUCACAUUCCCAGUGGGUCAGAAGUUUACAUACACUCAAUUAGUAUUUGGUAGCAUUGCCUUUAAAUUGUUUAACUUGGGUCAAACGUUUCGGGUAGCCUUCCACAAGCUUCCCACAAUAGGUUGGGUGAAUUUUGGCCCAUUCCUCCUGACAGAGCUGGUGUAACUGAGUCCGGUAUGUAGGCCUCCUUGCUCGCACACGCUUUUUCAGUUCUGCCCACACAUUUUCUAUAGGAUUGAGGUCAGGGCUUUGUGAUGGCCACUCCAAUACAUUUAAAUGUUUAGUCAUUUAGCAGACGCUCUUAUCCAGAGCGACUUACAGUUAACAAUACCUUGACUUUGUUGUCCUUAAGCCAUUUUGCCACAACUUUGGAAGUAUGCUUGGGGUCAUUGUCCAUUUGGAAGACCCAUUUGCGACCAAGCUUUAACUUCCUGACUGAUGUCUUGAGACGUUGCUUCAAUAUAUCCACAUAAUUUUCUUUCCUCAUGAUGCCAUCUAUUUUGUGAAGUGCACCAGUCCCUCCUGCAGCAAAGCACCCCCACAGCAUGUUGCUGCCACCCCCGUUUUUCACGGUUGGGAUGGUGUUCUUCGGCUUGCAAGUGUCCCUCCUUUUCCUCCAAACAUAACGAUGGUCAUUAUGGCCAAACGGUUCUAUUUUUGUUUCAUCAGACCAGAGGACAUUUCUCCAAAAAGGACCAUCUUUGUCCCCAUGUGCAGUUGCAAACCGUAGUCUGGCUUUUUAAUUGCGGUUUUGGAGCAGUGGCUUCUUCCUUGCUGAGCGGCCUUUCAGGUUAUGUCGAUAUAGGACUCUUUUUACUGUGUCCUCCAGCAUCUUCACAAGGUCCUUUGCUGUUGUUCUGGGAAUUAUUUGCACUUUUCGCACCAAAGUACGUUCAUCUCUAGGAGACAGAACGCGUCUCCUUCCUGAGUGGCAUGACCGCUGCGUGGUCCCAUGGUGUUUAUACUUGCGUACUAUUGUUUGUACAGAUGAACGUGGUACCUUCAGGCGUUUGGAAAUUGCUCCCAAGGAUGAACUAGACUUGUGGAGGUCUACAAAUUUUUUUCUGAGGUCUUGGCUGAUUUCUUUUGAUUUUCCCAUGAUGUCACGCAAAGAGGCACUGAGUUUGAAGGUAGACCUUGAAAUACAUCCACAGGUACACCUCCAAUUGACUCAAAUGUUGUCAAUUAGCCUAUCAGAAGCUUCUAAAGCCAUGACAUAAUUUUCUGGAAUUUUCCAAGCUGUUUUAAAGGCACAGUCAACUUAGUGUAUGUAAACUUCUGACCCACUGGAAUUGUGAUACAGUGAAUUAUAAGUGAAAUAAUCUGUCUGUAAACAAUUGUUGGAAAAAUUACUUGUGUCAUGCACAAAGUAGAUGUCCUAACCGACUUGCCAAACUAUAGUUUUGUUAACAAGACAUUUGUGGUUUGAAAAAUGAGUUUUAAUGUCUCCAACCUAAAAUGUAUGUAAACUUCCGACUUCAACUUUAAGUACAGUUACAUUUUUGUCAUUUAGCAGACGCUCUUAUCCAAAGUGACUUACAGUAGUGAGUGGAUACAUUUUUGUAUUAUUUUCCUGUACUGUUCCCCCGUGGGAAACGAACCCAUAACCCUGGCGUUGCAAGCACUAUGCUCUACCAACUGAGCCACACGGGACCUGUGUGUUUUAGCCUUAUUAUUCAAUAGGCCAUUAUUUUGAUCAGCAGCAGACAAAUCGUUUUCUCUCCAUGUUUGUUUGGUGGUGACUCAUUUGAAUUCUCUCGGCUUGAAAACAAGCCCGGGAAUCGUUAGAGUUUAACAGCGCUUUCACACUUUCUUCUUGAUUGCCGUGCUCUUGAAGAGACGUUGGCCGAGGCGAAAUGAGGGAGGGAGCUCAUUUUGCAUUUGGCUGUGAAAUGCAAAGACCAAUACUCAGAAGAGCUACAUCAGGUGGGAGAGGAGCUGCUUCCCUGGAAGAUAGGCACAGAAACACUAUGUUUUAACGCCUCCAGUCUAUAUGAUAGUUGUGGUGGCUGGUCGGUCCCCUGCUUGUGAAGCGGUUUGCUGUACUUUUGGGAUUCUCUUAUGGGUUUAUAACCCUGGUCCUCCACUCACUCAGUCUAAGCCUCUUACAGGAAUGAAAUGGAUGGAUGGGGAGAUGGAUGGAAGGAUGUCCCUUCCCCAUAUUCAUGCCCAUCUCCCUCUCCCAUCACUCUGGCCGUGUGUAAAGCGUCUGUCAGCUCACAUUAAACCAACAGACCAAAACAAAAGUCCCAAGUUACCUCUUGCUAUUCUGUAUAAUGCAUGCAUAAAGUACAUAAUCUCUCUGAUUCAUCACUAGCUAAGAUGCAAGUGUUUCUGUGUGUGUGUGUGUGUGUGUGUGUGUGUGUGUGUGUGUGUGUGUGUGUGUGUGUGUGUGUGUGUGUGCGCUUGUUCGUUUGUGUGUAGAUGCUGCUGUUUCCUGGCCAGCACCUCUCCCAGUCCGGCCGCUACUCUGUGUCCAUGAGUGGAGAGCUGUCCAUCACCGACGUGCACCCAGAGGAUACUGGGUAUUAUAUCUGCCAGGCCAUCAGUGUAGCAGGAAGUGUCCUGACCAAAGCCCUGCUGGAGGUGGAAGGGGGUGAGUUUGAGGGAUGGAGGGGGUUACUUUGGGACGAGGAAGGAAUAUGGUACUGGGAGAGGAGAGCCCAGUACAAAUACAUUGAUAUUACAACACAUAUGAAUGGAUUGGCAGACAGCUCUACAUAACCACUGUCAAAUAUAGUGGACAUUACAGUGUGUGUGACAGGACCCACUGACAUAAUAUCCUGUCGGUUCUUCCCUUUUACCCAUAGGUCCUUCACCCCGUGUUCCACCAAUAAUCCGCCAAGGCCCAGCCAAUCAGACAUUGGCUCUGGGGUCCGUUGCCCAGUUACAGUGUCAUGCGAUUGGUGGACCCUCACUAAGGAUUGGGUGGGAAAAGGACGGGGAGAGGAUUGUGGGGGACGACCCCCGCAUGACCCUGAUGGAGAACGGGACACUGCAGAUCACUAACGUUGAGGUACGUGUAUGAUGUCAUGGAAUAAAAAUAUGGCUGUGAUCUGAUUUUGUCUUUUGAGCCUCAUGAACAAAUUAGUAUCGCGUGGCUGAACAGAAAUCCCUGCCAUCCAUCAUCGUUACAUUUUUACUUUCUCCAAAGCCAGAGGGCAACCAACCAACGUUUUUAUGUUCUCCUCCAUUAUAAGUACCUCUCUGUGUUUAAAAAAAAAAAUCAAGGUGAAACUGAAUUUCAAACUGACCUCUCCGGCGCGACUACAUGCCUAUGCAGUGUGUAAUUGUAAUGUUAAUGAAGGGACUUGUUUGUAAAUGUGUUCUGCUUUGAUGAAGAGCAGUCUGUGGCCCUUUUUGUGCUGUGGCCUCACUGGAGGUGAGCAUGCGGAACGGGGAGAGCAGCAUCGUUUGUGCUAAUUGACUGUGGCCACGCAUGAUUAACGAUCUCAAAGCCUUUAAUUAAAUCUCUGGCACAACUCUCUCUCUUCCUCUCCCCCCCUCUCUCCCCCCUUUCUCUUUCUCUCUCCCUCUGUCUCGCUCUCCAUCACUGCGUCAUGCUCAGCAGUGGUGCUCAGCAAACUUGGAUCAUUAACACAAGGUCCAAUGCAUCACUGAGGCGGGGGAAAUCUGCCAUGCCACUGCGCUCAAUGGAACAGAAGAGAUGCAUUAGCUUGGCAUCAAGAGGGAGAGAGAGAGAGAGAGGAAGGGAGAGGACGAGAUGUAGAGGGAGAAAGAGGGCUAAAAAUAGUUAGCCUAGCGAUGCCGCCUCCUAGUCUUCAAUAUUUCAGCAGUGGUUAAACUCACACAGAGUUCAUCUGUCCACAUACUACCAGUCCACCAACCAGAGGUCAAUGCUGUGGUGAAUGUUCUAACAUGAAUUUCUGUUGGUUACAGUAGACUGGCACUCCGCCAGCCCAGUGUUAGUAACACCAUUAGGCCAGUGAAGUGUGUGGACAUGUAUACAGUACUGUGGAAAAGGAGAGCAGGUAGACUAGGGGUGUCCAACUCAUUCCAUGGAGUGCCUAGUGUCUGCUGUUUUCUUUUCUUUUUUUCUUUCAAUGAACACCUAGACAACAAGGUGAGGGGAGUUCCUUACUAAUAAGUGAGCUUAAUUCAUUAAUCAAGUACAAGGAAGGAGUGAUAACCUGCAGACACUCGGCCUUCCGUGGAAUGAGUUUGACACCUGUGAGCUAGACCAUGCACAUGGGGAGAUGAAGGCCAUGUAGACUACUGUUCUCUCAGGAGUGUUCAGAACAUAUGACUCCUAGUGCUACUGUGGCUGAGUGAUGUCUGCUUUGUGGCAAAGUGGCAUUUCAUAAAAGAUUUUACCUUUAAACUUCUAGAAGUGAGUCUAAGGACGGCGGCAAAGCAGUGAACAAAGAAGCAAUGAAUAAGUAAAAAGAGGAGAACCACUGGUAUUUGCUCCACUUGGAUUAGCAAACACAGAAAGGAUCUAAACCACCGUGGUUCCAAUGUUUUGGGUCCCCUCUCCUCGUGAAAGGGAGCUAAAAUGCACCUCUCUGUUGCUAGGAUACGGAUUCGGGAAUGUACACGUGUGUGGUGUCGAGCGCCAUGGGCGAGUCAAGCUGGAGUGGGACACUCACCAUGAGAGGUAAACUCACACACUCCUCUCAGCGCCUCACAAAACCAAACACCACUGGUUUCAAAUGAUACAUUACACCUUAUGGAAACCUACUUUCGUGCUUUAGCUACAGUAUUCACCACUACUGUGUGUGGUUAUCAAUAGACUUGAAAAAUGAACAGUCAAGCUCAUACUAUAUCCCCGGUACACUACCACACACCACUAUAUCCCGGUACCAUUACCACACACCACCACUGUGUCUCAUGUUAUCUCAUGCCGUAUCUCUGUUUGUUUCCCAGAGGAUGGAGCCCCUGGGUCAUCAGUUCCCCGGGUGUCAGAGUCCAUCCAGCUGCCAGGGCCGCCCCAGAAGCCUGUGGUGACAGAGGUGACCAGAAACACAGUCACCCUCACCUGGCAGUCCAACCCCCACGAGGGUGGGGCUGCUGUCACCUCCUACAUCAUCGAGGCCUUCAGGUACAGUAUGACAUGCAAGGACUGGGUACCAGAGCCAUAUAUUUAGAAACCGCAUUGCCCAACCUCUCUUAAUACAUGGCUCUGCAGGGUACCAUAGAAAUUGAGGAUUUCUAUUUCUAUGCUUUCUAGGUCUGUUGCUAUAUCACUUGUGUUCUUGGUGUGUAUUGUAUUCACAUACAGAGAAUGUCCAUUUGGUUUAACUAAGCCAUUCAUACAUGUGCUACAUGGGCAGGAAAUAACGACGUGAAGAGAAACCGAGCCAUGGCAGAUUCAAUAAAAGCAUAAAGCAUUCGGGAGCAGAGAAUCAUAGAAUCAGUUGCAUAAAGAAAAAAAAACUGCAUUUUCCCAAUGGUCCUGGACAGCACUGACCUGGGGCUAUGGAAGGGCAGACCAGCCAGAGAGCUCUCAUCACAGAGAGGUCAGAGGCUCAGGGCAGGCAGACACACAAACAGGCCAACAGGCUGCCUGCUGAUUGGCACUGAGACUGACAGCACAGUUUGAGAGGAGACAUUCCCAUGGGUAGUGGUUAGGUACUUUCCUCGAACUUCAUCUAACAGAGCACAGUCUUUAAAUAGAGCUAGCUGCUGGAUGGGGAUGUCUACUAUUAUUCAUCCGCUAACCCUCCUAGGACUGGAGAACAGGGCCUAAUGGAAGAAGAGUGGGGGGGGGGGGCUUGAAGGGGGUUGGAUGACAGUAGAGGGCAGAUUGUCACACAGGUCUUGUCUGACACUUAGUUAAGGAGCAGGCCAGAGUUAUAGCGCUGCUUCCUUAAGAUGUCUGCAUGCUUUUCAUCCGGAAGAGUUUGUGCAUAUAUUAUGACGACAUUUUGUGACGUUUUUGUUCAUUUUGGACUUCGAUAAGGUUUUUUUCGUCUGUUCGGGCACAAAUUUUUUCUUGAGGCAAGCCGAAGUCUACGCACCUUCAUCAGUGAUUGGUCAACAGUAGGGAUUCUUCAAUAGUCUUUGUUGUCGUUCAAAUUUUUUCAUUGACAAAUACUGCACCAAACAUCUUAAUUAGAUGUACAAUUGCGCGACUAAGAUCUCCUCCGCAAAAACGUGUAAAUUAAUGACCGAUUUCUUGGGUUAUCUUAGAUUAAUUCUGACUAUUUUGAGGAAGUGUAUACUGGCUACGGCGUCAAUUUUUUUUUUCUCAUUUGUCAAGCGAAGGUCUUUUAAUGGAGUACGCUAGCACGCUCGUUCGGUUCGGCUAGCGGAGUACGGCUAGGCGCCAGCCGAACUGAAGCAUGCUGAAGCCUUUAGACUGGGCUCUUUUAAUUACUCGCUGGGUAAUUGACCGGACAAACCAUACCAUAGGCUAGGUAAUAUGUACUGUAGGUCCUCACUGGACUGAGAUAAUAGCAUUUAUUUACCCAACAUUCAUCUAUGAUAGAGGACCCAAAUUGUCAUACCACACUCAUUGUUGUUAUUUCUCAUAUCAGGAUAAGGACAAGGCCAGACAAUCCUACCAGAAUUCAACCAGUAAUUGAUUGUUCUUUUCCAGCCAAUCCGUUGGCAGUGUGUGGCAGACGGUAGCUGACCACGUGAAACAGGAGAAGCACACGGUCAUCGGCCUGUACCCAAACACUGUCUACCUGUUCAUCGUCCGAGCAGUCAACUCCUAUGGUCUGAGUGACCCCAGCCCCAUCUCUGAACCCAUCAGGACACAGGGUCAGUAUGGGCACAGAACAGCAUAUAAUCACUCAAUCACUUGAACUGUUUCAUAGUAAAGUGUUAUGUGAUGUUAGGCUGUUCUCAGUGCAGUGUGGUAUGAUGUCAGGCUAUUCUGAGUGCAGCUCUCUCUGUGUUGUUGUAGAUGGAAGUCCUACAGAGCAGGGGGUGGACCACAGACAAGUGCAGAGAGAACUAGGGGAGGUGUCUGUCUACCUGCAGAAGCCUGUGGUCCUAUCACCCACCAGUGCCCAAGUCUCCUGGACUGUGAGUAAAACUGAGUGUUAUAAUCUGGAAAAGCAAUAUGCUACUUUAUACUGUGCUUCAUACUUUACAAUAUCUCGGAAUAGAUCAUUAACCACCUCUAUGACCCACCCUCCCUCUGUGUUCUGUCAUUGGUCAGGUGGCACGUCAGUCUCAGUAUGUGCAGGGCUACAGGCUGCUGUACCGCUCCAUUGGCAGCGCCUGGUUAGUCCAGGACGUGAAGGCUGGGUCUGAGCUCAGCACUGUCCUAUCAGACCUGCGCACGAACACAGAGUACGAGGUGAAGGUCCGCCCCUACUUCAACGAGCUGCAGGGACUGGACAGCCCCCUGGUGCAGCUACGCACCCCUGAGGAGGGUAAGACACGCAGCGUGAUGCAGGAGGGUCCCUCUCUGUGAAGUCUGUAGGCAUAGUUCAAUACAUUUUCCUCAGACUUUCGUUCGAAUUUUGUAAAGAUUUUUUUGCUUCUAAAAUGACUAAUCAAUGCUGUCAUAUGCUACUGUAGGAUACCACAGCACAUGCGUAUAGGAACAUCUAUUUUAUUGACCAGUCACUUUUUGUGACUUUUCGUUAACUAACAGUUUUCCAUGUUCACAUCCUUCCAGUGUUGAGUGCUCCCCCGCAGGCUGUGUCAGUGGUCCAGCUCAGCAACAGUGCCAGCAUCAGUGUCUCCUGGGAGCCUCCCCCCGCUGACGUUCAGAGUGGUACAGUCCUGGAGUACAAGGUGAGAUUACAGCGUGGAGACUGUUGAAGCUGUACCUGGCUGGAGGAAAGUGCUACUCUAGACUACUCUGUCUGAUGUUAAUUUAGUGAAAAGUGGCCAGUUAAUUAGUCACUACAGCUGUUCGUGAGAAAGAUAAAAUGAAAUAUUUGUUUGAAUCAGCAAUGUGCUGAUUUUAAGCAGUCGGUUUUAUCCUUGUUGACAAAACAUGCUGUGCAGAACAGAAAUGCUGUGCUAGUGGUUUUAAUUAAACAUUGCAAAUUGCUCCAUGUUUAGUAUCAGUUAACGGCAAAAACACAAUUUAACCAAUUUAGUCCUCAGAUUUAAAUCACUUGUCCUCAUCUUGUUGAUUGGAUCUCUAAGUUUUGCUUUGCAGUCGACAUAAAAACAACACUUAUUUUCUAAAACUUUUCUGGAAAGGCGUUUAAAGCCUAUUGUAUCCCCAUGUCGUGCCGGCUGACAACAACAAAAUAUCUCCACUUCUGGUUCAGUUGUCCCAUCCUCUUGGCAACAUGAUCGACUUAAUGCUUCUAGUGUUAUUAAAUGUUGUAGGUUAUUUCUGUCCCUCCAGAGUUUCUGUCGGUCCACCACUCAGUAUCAAGUUUGUUACUCUGUCUGUCAGGUCUGGUGCCUGGGGAGUGACUCUGAGAUGAAGACAGAGAGCCAUAUCAACAGGACAGUGGAUGGAGCAGUGUUAUCCAUCCUACUGACUGGGCUGCUACCAGACCUCCAGUACAGUGUGAUGGUGGCUGCAGUCACCAUCUUAGGAGUGGGUGAACACAGCCCACCAAUAGACCUGGUUCUCAGUGAGUCAGCUUUACCACUAGAAGAGACCCUUCGAUGCAACAUUAAUAGCCUGUCAACCUGGUCCUCAGUCAGUAUGGUAGAUUACUAAAGACUAAAGACGAGGAUCGAGGUUUCUGAAUUGUUUGUUACUGGUAUACUGUAUUUCAACACUUCUUGCUAGAAAAUCAAUGGGGUUAGUUAGUUGUCUGUUUAUUCAGGAAACCAUAUUGGAAAUGAAUUUGCCAGAAUGAUAACCUGGACUCUCUAUCAUUCAGCCCUGUCACUGGACAUGCCUUCAGACCCUCUGCAGAAAGACAGCAGCCUCAGUCUAUCAGAGCAGAUCACGGGCGUGGUCAGCCAACCAGCGUUCAUAGCUGGGUUGGGCGUGGCCUCGUGGCUGGUGCUCAUGGGCUUCAGUGGUUGGCUGUACUGUCGCCACCGCAGGAGGAAGGAGCUGGGACACUACACCACCUCAUUCGCCUACACACCUGCAGGUAUACUGUAACAUCCUUAACCUCAACCCCAACACUGUAUUCACAUAACAUACAAACAAUACCAUUAGCAUUACAAUACUAAUCUGUUCCAAUCCUGUCACCAUCACGGCUUGCCAAAACUGGGUAUCUGAGUGUCUUAAAAUGUGACUUGUUGUAAUCUGUGGCUUCUGAAUAUUAGUGUUGCUGUGAUCUAUGCCUUGUUAGUGUAUCUAGGUCAGACUCAGUAGCAUGCCUUAAUGAAAUGACAAAAGAAAACGGCAUGCCUGAAUCCCAAGUGGGACACACUAUUUUGUGCCCUUGAGUAUACGGCAUAUUAUCUUAAUUGGUUUGGCAAACAGCCCUAGAUGAAAGCCACUGCCUAAUAAAGAGAUAUUUUAAUUGCAGCCAUUGCUUUUGUUGUUGUUUUUCCUGCAGUUGGAUUCGCUCACAGUGAAGGAUCUGGUCUCAGCAAUGGAAGGUAGAGGUUUUGGUUUUACUCAGAGAAUCAAUGUAAACAUGAGUGGACUCUUUUUUUUAUUACAAACAGCACAGACUUACAGUAAUAUCUGACCUUUAGUUCUCUCCAUCUGUUUACAGUAGACCAGGGAUGGUGGGCUCCAACAUGGGGAACUACCCCUGGCUAGCAGACUCCUGGCCAGCCCCUGGCCUUGCCCACAAUGGAAAAGACUCAGUCAACUGUUGCUCUGGCAAACUGGACUCUACAGACAGGUACUACAAUGGUGAGAGCCCACAGUCACGUCUUGCAACUUCGGAUGGGAUAAAAUGCAGUAGUUUGAAUAGAAGCUAAAUUAAUAGUAAUAAGCUGCCAUUGCUGCUCAAAUGAUGGAACCUAUUUGAGCUUUUGUGAUUGACCAGGAAAUUGCAGAGGGAAGAUCAAGUGGUUCAUUCAAGGAAAUGGGCUCCACUUUACAUUUUUUUAUUGACUUUCUAUUUCUGUCCAGCAGUUGGCAUCUCCAAUUACCUGAGCCAGUCUGAGAAGUACAGCUCAGUGUCCACCGACAGUCCCAUCUACAGCACCAUCAGUACAGCUGCUGCUGAGGACCUGCAGGGUCUAGCCUACUACAACACAUACUCCAACACCCCCUGCAGCCAGGGCUCCAACACCCCCUGCAGCCAGGGCUCCAACACCCCCUGCACCCAGGGCCCUGACUCCUACGCCAGUACCCCUGUCCUCUCCAACUCGGGCCACUUCGGUCUGGAGCAAGACCUGGACCAGUGGACCAUCCAGUCUGGACAGUCUGGAGAGUACGCCAAGCUGCAGUACGCCAGGACAAGCAAUGGUACAGGCAGCUAUUACACUUCUCAUGUACUGUGGUUGAGGGCUCAUGGAAUGUUAAGUGGUGAGGAUAUAGCUAACUUUGUUACAUAGUUGAUGUGGGUGUUUGUAUGCUGUACACAAACAUGUAUAGUACAUAUAUAUUUAACAUAGCUCAUUUCUAAUGUUCUCUUCAGCUUGAUUUAAAUAAGUGUUGUCUGCUGUCUCUCUGUACUGUAGCCAAGCUGGUGAAGCAGAGGUCCGUGUGUCCUCCAUCCAAGCCUGCACCACUCAACUGGGAGGAUGUACUGUCUCUACCGCUGCCUGCUAAUAAAGAACGGGGUUACACCAAGAGAGACAGGGCUGAGGGGAGGAACAGGUAACACCCAGCGCUAUAUCCCCUGUAGACACCCUCCCAUGGGAUAAAUUGUUAAGGACAGAUGAGAGAACUAAUGGAGUUUGGAGGGAAAUGGCAGUACAGGGAAGGAGAAGUAGGAGUGCUGAAGUUGCUACAUAUUGCACCUUUUCUCCAUAACUCAUUGUGAUUUUUCCUGAUGUGUCCUUUUUAUCUAUUCUCUGACGCCCUCAUAUAAGGGCUAUGUUUAGAUUGAAUGUAUGGCUUGCACUCUAUUUGACCUGAUAGUUUACCUGAACUACAUAGCAAGAGUUCAUGACGUUAGGCCCUGAACCCGUCCUCUGGUUCAAACCAGAUUGUAAACUCUAGUGAAGUUUACUACGGUUAAUGUUGGAGUUAAAAACAUUCUUGUCUGGAGGCUCAGGAGAGACUCUUAGUGUGGCUGCAUCAGGGGGAGUGUAUAGUUUACUCUAACUCAUUGUGACAGAUUAGAUUGUGGCCAUAACUGGGGGGACCUAGCUGUUCUGACUGUGCUGUGUCUUUUGUAAUGACAUUAGCCAUCGUCUGACAGUGUGGAUUAGCACUUUCCUUUUCCAAUAACAUGUCCUCUGUUAAAUCUGCUCUGACGUCCUCUGACGUUGUCAUGGCAACAUAUAAAUCAUUUGAAGUCUCUCUUGUGUUUUGUAACCCAUUGCUGCUGGUUCCUCUUUUAAAAUGUAACUCUGUCAACUACUGUAACUGUCUCUGGAUAUGGCUGUUAAUGUGCCUCGAAGAGUUUUCUUGAUGAUAAAGUACAAGUAUUGUGUAAGAUAGACCCCUUAGAUUUAUACUGGGGUCUUACUGACAGUGUUUUUCACUCAAUGUGUCAAGUCCUCUUAGUUGUUAAACCUGGGGCCUUUACUCACAUGUUUCCUCUUCCUCCUGCUCCCAGUAGCUCGGAUGAGGAGGACUGGUGUCCCCCGCUGCCAGCCAGGCCUUACCUAAUGGACAGCUCCAGGGAGGAGUUACCCAGCCUGCCCUCCUUCAGAAGAGAGAAGCUGGCCCAGGGCACCAACUCCAGCCUACAGUCCACAGCCACGCUCCCCCCCUCCCCCCAGGAGGAGACACGCCCCCCUAACCCCAACGAUAGCCCCCCGCUACAGCACUUUGACCUGCUGGGCCGCUACGGGCCCGGUUCCCAGAUCUCCCAUUCCAACCGCAACCUGUUCGCCAAUAAGGACGCCUAUGAUGUCAGCGGGCCAUACCACACCAGCCAAUGGGGAGACACCUUCACGGGGGAGAGCUUUACUUCAGAGAGGAGUGGCAGAAGAGGUUAGUUGUACACACCUGUCCCCCUGUCUUUACACACCUGUCCCCCUGUCUUUACACACCUGUCCCCCUGUCUUUACACAACUGUCCCUCGGUCUUUACACACCUGUCCCCCUGUCAUAGUUCUAAUGCAGAGGAUAAUUAUUUAUAUGUGUAGAUAACCUCUUGAAAAUGACCAGCCUGGUCACAGAACUGUAUGUGCUUUAGCCACGUCCUUUGUUGCCAUGCCAUACAUACAGGAUGUCACGAACAGGACAAGAGGAGUUGGCUAAAGCACAGACAGAUCUGCUACUAGACUAAUCCAUAACUGCAUAAUUAUUCUGAAUUAUUCAAUGUUAUCAUGUUACGUGUAACAAAGUAUUUGUACAUGAAAAUUGAAUCAGAUCUAUUCUGAGAUGGCUCUGUGUCUUUUAUUCCCACUGAAUGUCUUAUUGAUGAUGACAUCACUGUUCUUUUCUGUCAGGACAAUCUCCUCCUUUCCCGGCUGAGUCCGCCCACGCUACGCAGGGACACAGAACCAGAAGCAAGAAGAAAGCCCUCAGGGAGGGCCAGCACCGACGAGAGCUGCAUGACCAAGCAGGUAAGACAUUGGAGAGUAGGCUACAUUUAUGUUAUCUUCAUAUCAUAUCUUCUCUUUGGAGAAACUUUUAUACAAGGCAACACACAUAGCUUUUGUAAUAACAAGUUACCCCAGCUUAUUAUUUGCAACAACUUAGAAAUGGCUAUAACUUUUUGGUGUUUUGCUAGCACAUGCCCAUAAGUAACAGGCCCACCUUGGGAUUCAAGCAACAUCCUUACAUUACAGUACACUACAUUUACAUUUUGGUCAUUUGGCAGACGGUCUUAUCCAGUACAUAUGGUUAAAGUGGAAAUGGCAGCGUUUUAACUACUUUGCAGAUAUGAAACAAACAGACAAUCAUAAUAUCAGUAAAAAAAGAUCUAAUUCCCAGUUUAUGCUACAAAACCAACUUUAUAAGAGGUUUUAAAAAUAGGUUAUCUUUGCCUCAACAUUCCAUGAUGUUACACUAAGGCAUUGUUGGCAGAAUAGAUUGAUGCAGUUCAAUGCAUUAUUAAUAUAAUUCACCAAUACAUUUCAUGGUAGUCCAGAAAAUAUUGCUAUCAGGUUGUAAAUCACAGCUGGCCUGGUACAUUGUUUGCUGCCUCCAUUCGGGAUGCACUGUUUCAGUUUCAAUAGCUCAAUAUUUUGGACAAAAUUGACAAAUGUAACUAAGGCUGGGAAUGACAAUACAAUCAAACUAGCAAGGGCAAUGAUCACAAGUCAGUCAUAACGUGGCUAAUAGGCUAGCGUGUCUAUUUAUGUAGCAAGCUAAAAACUCUGAGCCUAAUGUUAGCUAGAUCGCUAGCUGCUAGGAGGAUGUCAUUGGAGGAGUGGGUGAGUGACUGACUUUUCCCCCUCAUAUCGCUUUUUGGUGGCUUUACACAGCUAGAGAUGCAGGUGUCAUUUAUUUGUUUAUUUUUUUUAUUUCACCUUUAUUUAACCAGGUAAGCCAGUUGAGAACAAGUUCUCAUUAACAACUGCGACCUGGCCAAGAUAAAGCAAAGCAGUGCAAUAAAAACAACAACAACACAGAGUUACAUAUGGAAUAAACAAAAUGUACAGUCAAUAACACAAUAGAAAAUCUAUAUACAGUGUGUGCAAAUGUAGUAAGUUAUGGAGGUAAGGCAAUAAAUAGGCAUAGUGCAAAAUAAUUACAAUUUAGUAUUAACACUGGAGUGAUAGAUGUGCAGAAGAUGAUGUGCAAAUAGAGAUACUGGGGUGCAAAUGAGCAAAAUAAAUAACAAUGUAAAUAACAAUAUGGGGAUACGGUAGUUGGGUGGGCUAAUUACAGAUGGGCUGUGCAGUGAUCGGUAAGCUGCCCUGACAACUGAUGCUUAAACUUAGUGAGGGAGAUAAGUGUCUCCAGCUUCAGAGAUUUUUGCAGUUCGUUCCAGUCAUUUGCAGCAGAGAACUGGAAGGAAUGGCGGCCAAAGGAGGUGUUGGCUUUGGGGAUGACCAGUGAGAUAUACCUGCUGGAACGCAUACUACGGGUGGGUGUUGCUAUGGUGACCAGUGAUCUAAGAUAAGGCAGGGAUUUGCCUAGAAGUGAUUUAUAGAUGACCUGGAGCCAGUGGGUUUGGCGACGAAUAUGUAGUGAGGGCCAGCCAACGAGAGCGUACAGGUCACAAUGGUGGGUAGUAUAUGGGGCUUUGGUGACAAAACGGAUGGCACUGUGAUAGACUACAUCCAAUUUGCUGAGUAGAGUGUUGGAAGCUAUUUUGUAAAUGACAUCGCCGAAGUCAAGGAUCGGUAGGAUAGUCAGUUUUACGAGGGCAUGUUUAGCAGCAUGAGUGAAGGAGGCUUUGUUGCGAAAUAGGAACCCGAUUGGAGAUUUAACUUUGGAUUGGAGAUGCUUAAUGUGAGUCUGGAAGGAGAGUUUACAGUCUAACCAGACACCUAGGUAUUUGUAGUUGUCCACAUAUUCUAAGUCAGACCCGCCGAGAGUAGUGAUUCUAGUCAGGCGGGCGGGUGCAAGCAGCGUUCGAUUGAAGAGCAUGCAUUUAGUUUUACUAGUGUUUAAAAGCAGUUAGAGGCUACUGAAGGAGUGUUGUAUGGCAUUGAAGCUCAUUUGGAGGUUUGUUAAGUGUCCAAUGAAGGGCCAGAUGUAUACAAAAUGGUGUCGUCUGCGUAGAGGUGGAUCUGAGAGUCACCAGCAGCAAGAGCGACAUCAUUGAUAUACAGAGUCGGCCCGAGAAUUGAACCCUUUGGCGCCCCCAUAGACUGCCAGAGGUGCAGACAACAGGCCCUCCGAUUUGACACAUUGAACUCUAUCUGAGAAGUAGUUGGUGAACCAGGCGAGGCAGUCACUUCUCCGCUGUGCAAUCUGGUUUCCGAGCUGGCCAUGGGUGCACCUCAGCCACACUCAAGGUCCUAAACGAUAUAAUAACCGCGAUCGAUAAUAGACAGUACUGUGCAGCCAUCUUCAUCGACCUGGCCAAGGCUUUUGACUCUGUCAAUCACCGCAUUCUUAUUGGCAGACUAAAUAGCCUCGGUUUCUCAAAUGACUGCCUCGCCUAGUUCACCAACUACUUCUCAGAUAGAGUUCAAUGUGUCAAAUCGGAGGGCCUGUUGUCCAGGUGGAAAGCAUGGCCAGCCGUAGCAAAAUGCUUAUUGGAAUUCUCGAUUAUCGUAGAUUUAUCGGUGGUUAUAGUGUUUCCUAGCCUCAGUGCAGUGGGUAGCUGGGAGGAGGUGCUCUUAUUCUCCAUGGACUUUAGUGUCCCAAAACUUUUUGGAAUUAGUGCUACAGGAUGCACAUUUCUGUUUGAAAAAGCUAGCCUUUGCUUUCCUAACUGAUUGUGUAUAUUGGUUCCUGACUUCCCUGAAAAGUUGCAUAUCGCAGGGGCUGUUCGAUGCUAAUGCAGUACGCCACCGGAUGUUUUUGUGCUGGUCAAGGGCAGUCAAGUCUGGGGUGAACCAGGGGCUAUAUCUGUUCUUAGUUCUGAAUUUUUUGAAUGGGGCAUGCUUAUUUAAGAUGGAGAGAAAAGCACUUUUGAAGAACAUCCAGGCAUCCUCUACUGACGGAAUGAGGUCAAUAUCCAUCCAGGAUACCCGGGCCAGGUCAAUUAGAAAGGCCCGCUCGCUGAAGUGUUUUAGGGAGCGUUUGACAGUGAUGAGGGGUGGUCGUUUGACCGCGGAUCCAUUACGGACGCAGGCAGUGAUCGCUGAGAUCCUGGUUGAAGACGGCAGAGGUGUAUUUAGAGGGUAAAUUAGUCAGGAUGAUAUCUAUGAGGGUGCCCAUGUUUACGGAUUUAGGGUUGUGCCUGGUAGGUUCCUUGAUAAUUUGUGUGAGAUUGAGGGCAUCUAGUUUAGAUUGUAGGACGGCCGGGGUGUUAAGCAUAUCCCAGUUUAGGUCACCAAGCAGUACGAACUCUGAGGAUAGAUGGUGGGCAAGCAAUUCACAUAUGGUGUCCAGGGCACAACUGGGGUCUGAGGUGGGUCUGUAGCAAGCGGCAACAGUGAGAGACCUAUUUCUGGAAAGGUGGAUUUUUAGAAGUAGAAGCUCAAACUGUUCUGGAUAGUAUGAUAGAGCUACUGCAGGCUAUCUCUACAGUAGAUUGCAACUCCGCCCCCUUUGGCAGUUCUAUCUAGACGGAAAAUGUUGUAGUUCGGGAUGGAAAUUUCUGAAUUUUUGGUGGCCUUCCUAAGCCAAGAUUCAGACACUGCCAGAACAUCAGGGUUGGCGGAGUGUCCUAACACAGUGAAUAACUCAAACUUGGGGAGGAGGCUUCUGAUGAUAAUAAUAAUAUGCCAUUUAGCAGACGCUUUUAUCCAAAGCGACUUAGUCAUGUGCGCAUAAAUUUUUACGUAUGGGUGGUCCCGAGGAUCUAACCCACUACCCUGGCGUUACAAGCGCCAUGCUCUACCAAUUGAGCUACAGAGGACCACGCAGUCCUGAUGUUAACAUGCAAGAAACCAAGGCUUUUACGGUUACAGAAGUCAACAAAUGAUAGCGCUUGGGGGAAGGAGUGAUACUGGGGGCUACAGGGCCUGGGUUAGCCUCUACAUCACCAGAGGAACAGAGGAGGAAUAGAAUAAGGAUAUGGCUAAAGGCUUUAAGAACUGGUCUUCUAGUGCGUUGGGUACAGAGAAUAAAAGGGGCAUAUUUCCGGGCGUUGUAGAAUAGAUUCAGCGCAUUAUGUACAGACAAGGAUAUGGAAGGAUAUGAGUACAGUGGAGGUACACCUAAGCAUUGGGUAAAUAUGAAAGAGAGAGCAUCACUGGAGGUACCAAUUGAGCCGGUCUCCGCGUGUAUGGGGGGUGGGACAAAGGAGGUCUGAGGCUGGUUGAGCUGAACUUGGGGCUCUACAGUGAAAUUGUAUAAUAAGAACUAACCCAAACAGCAAUAGGCUAGGCAUAUUGACAUGGGAUAGAGGCAUAACGCAAUCACAGGUGUUGUUUGAGAGGGCUAAGACAACAACUGGUAAUGGCGACGAAAGUUUGGGCUGAGGCUAAACAGAUAAACAGGAUGGGGUACCGUGUAAAGGAACAGUCCAGCAGGCAUUAGCUAUAUAGCUAGUGAUCAUAAGGUCCAGUGAACAGCACUAAGUAAGUCCGGGAGCAGAUCGUAGGCUGCUAAAGCACAGGCGAGCAGGAGGCACGGCUGUUGAUUGCGCGUGCUAGCGGGCCGGGGCUAGCAGAUGGAUCUUCCGUCGUCAUCGCAACGGGAAGCCUGUUGAAACCACAUCAGACGAUUACGUCGGCAGACCAGUCGUGAUGGAUCGGCGGGGCUCCAUGUCGACACUAGGAGGUCCCGUCCAGUUGACAGAGAGAUAGAUAGCCGGAAGAUGGGCCUGGCUCAAGGCUAGCUCAAGGCUAACUGGUACGUCGGGAAGUGAUGAUUAGCCAACAACAGCAGCUAGCUAGUUGCGAUGGUCUGGUGUUAAGGUCCAGUGAUUCAGUGAUUCCUGCGAAAAUCCGAUAUGCUCUGGGUCGAUAGCAUGCUGUGCAGACUGGCCGAUAAUUGUCCAGGCUAGAGCUGGCUGGUAGGUAGGUAGUGCAGGCCACGGACAGUGGUGAAGACCGCUAACGGUGGCUAAUAGCAAGCAGCUAGUUAGCUGGCUAGUUUCAGCCGUAGGCUCUUGAUAAAAAUAAAGAAAUAAUAGAAUCCGUUCCACAUUGGGUGAGGCGGGUUGCAGGAAAGUAUAUUUAGUUAAAGGAUGGAAAGUGAGAUGGAGAAAUAUAUACGAAUAAAAGACAAAAAACAGGCUAUGUCAGUAAACGUAGGCAAAGAAAGUAAUAGUUAGUCACGAACGCUCUAGAUAACAUGUAAACAGCCUAACCAGCUCUGCUAGGGCGGGUAAAAUGGUCAGAGUGAGGUGUUCUGUCAUUUGUGUCUGGAAGAAGCUGGCUAACAAGCUAGCCAACUUUAGCCAAUUAGCUUUGGUGCUUGGUUGGGACAAGCAUGCAUUGUUGGCAGGCAAGCUGCAAAGGACGAGUAGGUUACAAUUCUCCAUCGUUUGUCAGUGCAAUUUUGACGACCAACUAUUUGAAAAAGUUAGAGGGUUUAUCUAAUGUUUUUUUGUUAGGAUGUUGGCUCAUCUUUCUCUGGCUAGCAUUUGUUGUUGAUCUUUUUGUUGUUGAUGUGCAUAACUGAAGGAGAGAGAGCUUACCUUUUUCAUGGUUGUUUGAUCAAUAGGACUGUAAAGUUCCCAAAUGUAAGAGGACUCCGAAGUGGUAUUGACAUAUUUGCAGAAAUCCAUUCAGGUGUAUUUUGUGGCUUUUGGCGAAUGCGUUCUAAUGAUCUAAAGUCGCGCAGUUGCAACUGCCUGUAAACACACAGUCCAGUUCAAAGUGAAUGAUGGCAGGCCUGUGUGCAAAAAGCUCUGAUUGGCUAUGGUGUACCAGUCUGCGUAGACUCUGGUCCUGGACGAGACAGAUAAUUUUAUUUGGUUUUAUUUACUGCCGUGUCUAUUAAUUGUCCAAAUGUAUGGCCGCUUUCCCACUCUAUAUUGCUGUAGAAUUUUCACAAAUGCCUUAGAAUACGUAAUUCCCAAACAUUAUAAGAAUUUAUGAAAACGUGAAAAUGACCAUAUCUACACUACUGGUCAAAAGUUUUAGAACACCUACUCAUUCAAGGGAUAUUCUUUAUUUUGACUAUUUUCUACAUUGUAGAAUAAUAGUGAAGACCUCAAAACUAUGAAAUAACACACAUGGAAUCAUGUAGUAACCAAAAAAGUGUUAAACAAAUCAAAAUAUAUUUUAUAUUUGAGAUUCUUCAAAUAGCCACCCUUUACCUUGAUGUCAGCUUUGCACACUCUUGGCAUUCUCUCAACCAGCUUCACCUGGAAUGCUUUUCCAACAGGCUUGAAGGAGUUCCCACAUGCUGAGCACUUGUUGGCUGCUUUUCCUUCACUCUGCGGUCCGACUCAUCCCAAACCAUCUCAAUUUGGUUGCGGUCGGGGGAUUGUGGAGGCCAGGUCAUCUGAUGCAGCAUUCCAUCACUCUCCUCCUUGGUAAAAUAGCCCUUACACAGCCUGGAGGUGUGUUGGGUCAUUGUCCUGCUGAAAAACAAAUGAUACUCCCACUAAGCCCAAACCAGAUGGGAUGGCGUAUCGCUGCAGAAUGCUGUGGUAGCCAUGCUGGUUAAGUGUGCCUUGAAUUCUAAAUAAAUCACAGACAGUGUCACCAGCAAAGCACCCUACACCAUAACACCUCCUCCUCCAUGCUUUACAGUGGGAAAUACACAUGCGGAGAUCAUCCGUUCACCCACACCGCGUCUCACAAAGACACGGCGGUUGGAACCAAAAAUCUCAAAUUUGGACUCCAGACCAAAGGACAGAUUUCCACCUGUCUAAUGUCCAUGGCUCGUAUUUCUUGGCCCAAGCAAGGCUCUUCUUCUUAUUGGUGUCCUUUAGUAGUGGAUUCUUUGCAGCAAUUUGACCAUGAAGCCCUGUUUCACACAGUCUACUCUGAACAGUUGAUGUUGAGAUGUGUCUGUUACUUGAACUCUGUGAAGCAUUUAUUUGGGCUGCAAUUUCUGAGGCGAGUAACUCUAAUGAACUUAUCCUCUGCAGCAGAGGUAACUCUGGGUCUUCCAUUCCUGUGGCGGUCCUCAUGAGAGCCAGUUUCAUCAUAGCGCUUGAUGGUUUUUGCGACUGCACUUGAAGAAACGUUCAAAGUUCUUGACAUUUUCCAGAUUGACUGACCUCCGUGUCUUAAAGUAAUGAUGGACUGUCUUUUCUCUUUGCUUAUUUGAGCUGUUCUUGCCAUAAUAUGGACUUGGUCUUUUACCAAAUAGGGCUAUCUUCUGUAUACCCCCUGUACCUUGUCACAACACAACUGAUUGGCUCAAACGCAUUAAGAAGGAAAGAAAUUCCACAAAUUAACUUUUAAGAAGGCACACCUGUUCAUUGAAAUGCCUUCCAUGUGACUACCUCAUGAAGCUGGUUGAGAGAAUGCCAAGAGUGUGCAAAGCUGUCAUCAAGGCAAAGGGUGGCUAUUUGAAGAAUCUCAAAUAUAAAAUAUACACUACAGUUCAAAAGUUUGGGGUCACUUAGAAAUGUCCUUGUUUUUGAAAGAAAAGCAAAUUUUUUGUCCAUUAAAAUAACAUCAAAUUGAUCAGAAAUACAGUGUAGAUAUUGUUAAUGUUGUAAAUGGCUAUUGUAGCUGGAAACGGCAUAUUUUUUAUGGAAUAUCUACAUAGGUGUACAGAGGCCCAUUAUCAGCAACCAUCAGUCCUGUGUUCCAAUGGCACGUUGUGUUUGCUAAUCCAAGUUUAUCAUUUUAAAAGGCUAAUUGAGCAUUAGAAAACCCUUUUGCAAUUAUGUUAGCACAGCUGAAAACUGUUUUGCUGAUUAAAGAAGCAAUAAAACUGGCCUUCUUGAGACCUAGUUGAGUAUCUGAAGCAUCAGCAAUUGUGGGUUCGAUUACAGGCUCAAAAUGGCCAGAAACAAAUAACUUUCUUCUGAAACUCGUCAGUCUAUUCUUGUUCUGAGAAAUGAAGGCUAUUUCAUGCGAGAAAUUGCCAAGAAACUGAAGAUCUCGUACAACGCUGUGUACUACUCCCUUCACAGAACAGCGCAAACUGUCUCUAACCAGAAUAGAAAGAGGAGUGGGAGGCCCCGGUGCACAACUGAGCAAGAGGACAAAUACAUUAGUGUCUAGUUUGAGAAACAGACGCCUCACAGGUCCUCAACUGGCAGCUUCAUUAAAUAGUACCCGCAAAACACCAGUCUUAACGUCAACCGUGAAGAGGUGACUCCGGUAUGCUGACCUUCUAGGCAGAGUUGCAAAGAAAAAAGCCAUAUCUCAGACUGGCCAAUAAAAAGAAAAUAUUAAGAUGGGCAAAAGAACACAGACACUGGACAGAGGAAGAUUGGAAAAAAAGUGUUCAGACUAAUCUAAGUUUUGAGGUGUUCGGAUCACAAAGAAUAACAUUUGUGAGACGCAGACCAAAUGAAAAGAUGCUGGAGGAGUGCUUGAUGCCAUCUGUCAAGCAUGGUGGAGGCAAUGUGAUGGUCUGGGGGUGCUUUGGUGGUGGUAAAGUGGAAGAUUUGUACAGGGUAAAAGGGAUCUUGAAGAAGGAAGGCUAUCACUCCAUUUUGCAACGCCAUGCCAUACCCUGUGGAUGGCGCUUGAUUGGAGCCAAUUUCCUCCUACAACAGGACAAUGACCCAAAGCACAGCUCCAAACUAUGCAAUAACUAUUUAGGGAAGAAGCAGUCAGCUGGUAUUCUGUCUAUAAUGGAGUGGCCAGCAUGGUCACCGAAUCUCAACCCUAUUGAGCUGUUGUGGGAGCAGCUUGACCGUAUGGUAAGUAAGAAGUGCCCAUCAAGCCAAUCCAACUUGUGGGAGGUGCUUCAGGAAGCAUGGGGUGAAAUCUCUUCAGAUUACCUCAACAAAUUGAUAACUACAAUGCCAAAAGUCUGCAAGGCUGUAAUUGCUGCAAAUUGAGGAUUAUUUGACGAAAGCAAAGUUUGAAGGACACAAUUAUUAUUUCAAUUAAAAAUCAUUAUUUCUAACCUUGUCAAUGACUACAUUUCCUAUUCAUUUUGCUCUAUUUCCUAUUCAAACUCAUUUCAUGUAUGUUUUCAUGGAAAACAAGGACAUUUCUAAGUGACCCCAAACUUUUGAACGGUAGUGUAUGUUGAUUUGUUUAAUACUUUUUUGGUUACUACAUGAUUCCAUAUUUGUUAUUUCAUAGUUUUGAUGUCUUCACUAUUAUUCUACAAUGUAGAAAAUAGUAAAAAAUAAAGAAAACCAUUGAAUGAGUAGGUGUUCUAAAAUGUUUGACCGGUAGUGUUGGUGCUCGCUUGUCAGAAAAUGUAAAAAAAUUAAAUGAAAGUGUCAUAUUCUUCCUGGGGGUGUAUAUGAAUAGAUUUUAAUAAGAUUUCAUGUUGCUAAAAUGCUGUCAGUUCCACUUUUUUUAAAUUUAUUUAUUUAUUUUAGCAGACGCUCUUAUCCAGAGCGACUUACACAGUUAGUGCAUACAUUAUUUUUGUAUUUUUCAUACUGGCCCCCCGUGGGAAUUGAAACCACAACCCUGGCGUUGCAAACGCCAUGCCCUACCAACUGAGCUACAUCCCUGCCGGCCAUUCCCUCCCCUACCCUGGACGACGCAGGGCCAAUUAUGCGCCGCCCCAUGGGUCUCCCGGUCGCGGCCGGCUACGACAGAGCCUGGAUUCGAACCAGGAUCUCUAGUGGCACAGCUAGCACUGCGAUGCAGUGCCUUAGACCACUGCGCCACUCGGGAGACUACUUCAAAGUCCUGUAGUGUACAUUUAAAUGUGAACAGAUAGACAGCAGUGCUUUAAAGAGGCAACCCGUGUGGUCGUGUGAAGGCAGUGUUUUUUUUAAUCAUGAGCCGUCAAUCAGUCUGUGCAGACCUGCCCCCUCCGCUGACCCCACCCCCUGCAGCAGAUGACCCCAUGCAGCUCCUGUCUGAUGUGCUGGGCUGCAGCCGGACACCGUCGGCGGACAACUCACCGGCUCUACAGAGGAGAGGAGACUACUCCUCACCCCAGAAGAGAGGGCCUGCCAUGAGGGGCUCACAAGGUAUGCAUCAAACCAUCUAAUGAAUGCAAAUACACGUACAGUAAUAUAAAAGCAGCAAGCACAGACACAUGUUGUGAUUGAGGUCUAGUAAUGCUCUGUCUACAUUCAUACGCAUACAAAUCCUCCGUGGACUUAAAAUAACGCAUCGGUUUAAGCACACAUCUAGCAGCAAUCCCCUCUACCCAGUUGGCCAGAGAUGGUGGGGGGGGUCUAGUCUGGUCCAGCACUUAUAAUCUGACCCAUAUAAUUCCAGCUGCACUUUUGAGUGAUUGCAGUAUUGCAUAUUGUCAUCUGCAGGUGAGGGGGUAAUCCCGUACUGCCCGUCCAGCUUUCUGCCCCGGGGCCAGAUGUCAGGCUACGGUUCACUUAGUGGAGGGGCCUCCUCGCAGGCUUCAACUGUACAGAGAGGGCCUGGAGUUGCCCGGAGGAGGGAC